AUGAAUUUUAUUUAUUUUAAAAUAUAUAUAUUUUUUAUCUUAUUUGAUACAUUUAUAUCAUCGAAUACGAAUAUUCCAAGAACAAAUAAUAAUAAAAAAAACAAUCCAAAAAAUGUAACAACAGAUAUAACACCUUUAGGACCAGUACCUGAUAUAAUUACAUUGGAUUAUAUAAGGGAACUUCUAAUACACAUUCAAUUAAUAAAAGAUGAAGUAAUCAAGGAAAAGUUGAAAAAAAUUAAAUUAUUAAAAAAACAAAGUAAAGAUAACAAAAAUGAUAAAGAUUUAAAAAAGGAAAUUGAUCAUUUAGAGAAAGAAAUCAUUGAUACUAGACUACUUUGUAAAGAUUAUAUUAAAAAUGAAUUAAAGGAAAUAAAAGUAUUAAAAGAUCAAAUUGUAAAGGACAAAAUAGAACAAUAUCGAUGGAAUAAAGAUAAAUUGAUAGAUUCUGAACUAAAUAAACUUUUUCUCCAGGCACAAAUGAAGAGAGAUAAAAUACUAUAUGAACAAAAUAUGAAAAAACAAUUAGAAAACCCGGUGUUACAAAAAGAAAUUUUUAAAACAGAUAGAAUUAUAUUAAAAAUAUUACAAAAAAUAUAUAAUUUUUUCACUGAAUUUAUAAAGAAUAUUCCACAGCUUGAAUUUUCAUUUCCAAAAUAUUCUAUUAGUAAAUAUUUCACAGAAAUUAUAAAUGAUAUUCCAAAAGUAGAAUUAACAUCUGAUAGUAAUUUUAUAAGUAUUUAUAUCAUUGAAAUUAUAAAGAAAAUUUUAGAAUUAAAAUUAGCGUUUGAAAAAUAUUAUAUGAAUUAUUUUUACAAUAAAAUUAUAAAGUAUAUUCCAGAAGUAGAAUUAUCAUUUGGAAAAUAUUUAGACGAUAAAUUGAAAAAAAUACACAACAAAGUUUUUAAAAGAAAAAGUAAAUGUAAAAGUAAGCGCAAAAGUAGGACAUUUUUCCAGGUAUGGAGUGCUUUUCAUGAUUGGUUAGAAGAAAAGGCUAUAAAAUAUCAUAUUGGAGCAUAUACAUUUUUUUUUGCAGUAAUAUUUACAAUGGCAAAAGUAUUGAAAGUAGUAAUUGAAACAUGUGUUGCCGCAUCACCUGAUAUAAGUUCUAUUGUAAUAGGAAUUCUUCUAAUGAUUAUUUGCACUAUACUACUUAUAUUCUUUUUAUAUACUGUUUAUAUAUUAAUAUCAGAUUAUAUAAAAUCAAAAAGGGAAUAA